AUGCCGGCGCCAAUUUUAGUUCAGGAUAAGGUUACUUCCUCUCCUUCUCUUUGUGGCUUCUACGGCCUCUCUUCUCUCUUCCCACAUCUCCGAGAGAGAGAAGAGAAAUCAACUCAAUCAACCCUAGCAAUGGCUACACUUCAAGCCUCCCUUCUCUGCAAACCUUGCCUCUCAUUCACGUCUCCCUCGCCCCCAAAGCACCGACUUCUUCACUCUACCUCUUCGGCACUUCAUCACUCACCUCUUUUCCCUUUCAAUCCGCUCAGUCUCUCACAGCCUUCUGUCCGUACGGUUAGCUCAAAUUUUCACAAGUUUCCAUUUCGCCCGCGCGCGGCCCCCAACCCUUUUCACAUUUCGACCGGAGAGCGAAACUUCGUGGUCGGAAUCGAAUUCUUGGGAGAUAUUUCUAAUUUAACUGGCAAGGAAUCGGAUGCCAAUGAAAAUGUUGGGGGGAGAUUAAAUGUUAUGGGAGACAGUUCAGUUUCAGAUUCAAAACAAUCGAGUGUCGACGGAGUUGAUGCUGGAAGCUCCCAGAUUGAGUUGCAGAGUGAUACUGGGGAAUUGACUUCGGAGGCUGAUGAAGUGGGGGAGAAACAUUUAGCGCGCUUGAUUGCUGAGGCUGACGCGAAUCCUCAAGAUGCGACAAAGCAGAGUGCUCUGCUUGCUGAACUAAACAAGCACAGUGGGGGGGGUGAGAAGCCUGUAGAACGGGAAGAAAAUAAUACAAAUUCGGGGGAAAAGGAGGUUGGCGACGCUAGAUUGCCCUUUGUGGCGUUCUUGGUGGGUUUGUGGGCGAGGGCGAGGGAUGUAAUUCAGAAGGCUUUCUCUGAUUUCUUAAAUUGGUGGCCUUUUUGGCGGCAGGAGAAACAUUUAGCGCGCUUGAUUGCUGAGGCUGACGCGAAUCCUCAAGAUGCGACAAAGCAGAGUGCUCUGCUUGCUGAACUAAACAAGCACAGUCCGGAGUCUGUCAUCAAACGUUUUGAAGAAAGGGAUCGCGCUGUGGACAGCAGAGGAGUUGUAGAAUAUCUUAGAGCUCUUGUGGCCACUAAUGUUAUUGCUGAAUAUCUUCCCGACGAGAGAUCUGAUAAACCUUCUAGUCUUCCAACCUUGUUGCAAGAUUUAAAGCAGCGAGCAUCAGGUAACAUGGAUGAGCCUUUUCUGAAUCCUGGAAUCUCUGAGAAGCAGCCAUUGCAUGUGGUUAUGGUUGAACCAAAGGUAUCAAACAAAUCACGUUUUGCACAGGAGCUUAUCUCAACCAUCUUAUUCACUAUUGCUGUGGGAUUGGUUUGGUUUAUGGGGGCUGCUGCACUUCAAAAAUACAUUGGAAGCUUAGGUGGGAUUGGAACUUCAGGUGUUGGCUCAAGUUCUUCCUAUUCCCCAAAGGAGUUGAAUAAGGAAGUGAUGCCAGAGAAGAACGUCAAAACAUUCAAAGAUGUGAAAGGCUGCGAUGAUGCAAAGCAAGAGCUUGAGGAAGUUGUAGAGUAUCUAAAAAAUCCAUCUAAGUUUACACGCCUUGGAGGAAAGUUGCCUAAGGGGAUUCUCUUGACAGGAGCACCUGGAACCGGGAAAACUCUGUUAGCCAAGGCAAUUGCUGGAGAAGCGGGCGUUCCUUUUUUCUAUAGGGCUGGAUCUGAAUUUGAGGAAAUGUUUGUUGGGGUUGGUGCACGACGAGUACGAUCAUUAUUUCAAGCAGCCAAAAAGAAGGCUCCCUGUAUUAUUUUUAUCGAUGAAAUAGAUGCUGUUGGAUCAACAAGGAAACAGUGGGAAGGCCACACGAAGAAGACAUUACAUCAACUACUUGUCGAAAUGGAUGGCUUUGAGCAGAAUGAGGGAAUAAUAUUAAUGGCUGCUACAAACCUGCCAGAUAUUCUUGAUCCAGCCUUAACGAGGCCUGGUAGAUUUGAUCGACAUAUUGUUGUGCCCAAUCCAGAUGUACGUGGUCGCCAAGAAAUUUUGGAGCUCUACUUGCAAGAUAAACCUUUAGCUGAAGAUGUAGAUGUGAAAACAUUAGCUCGUGGGACACCAGGAUUUAAUGGGGCAGAUCUUGCAAACCUGGUAAACAUUGCUGCCAUUAAAGCUGCUGUUGAAGGUGCAGAGAAAUUGACAGCUACACAGUUGGAGUUUGCAAAAGACAGGAUAAUCAUGGGAACCGAGCGUAAAACAAUGUUCAUAUCAGAGGAGUCAAAAAAGCUUACUGCUUAUCAUGAGAGUGGGCAUGCAAUUGUUGCCUUCAAUACUGAGGGUGCACAUCCGAUUCACAAGGCAACAAUCAUGCCACGCGGAUCUGCCUUAGGAAUGGUCACCCAACUCCCCUCAAAUGAUGAGACGUCAAUCAGCAAGAAACAGUUAUUAGCACGCCUUGAUGUUUGCAUGGGUGGAAGAGUUGCAGAAGAGCUUAUCUUUGGUCACGAUCAUAUAACCACUGGCGCAAGUAGUGAUCUUCAUACAGCAACUGAGCUUGCCCAAUAUAUGGUCUCAAAUUGUGGUAUGAGUGAUGCAAUUGGACCAGUUCAUAUAAAGGAAAGACCAAGUUCUGAUAUGCAAUCACGAAUUGAUGCAGAGGUUGUGAAACUCCUUAGAGAAGCAUAUGACCGUGUGAAAGCCCUUUUAAAGAAGCAUGAGAAAGCAUUACAUGCACUGGCUAAUGCAUUAUUGGAGUAUGAGACACUUAAUGCUGAAGAUAUAACGAGAAUACUUCUCCCCUACCGAGAAGGACGGUUGCCAGAGCAACAGGAACAAGAAGCAGAAGGGGAGCUUGUCUUAGCCUGAUAUUUCUUUCAUCUUAUUUGUAACUAAACUAUGGGGGAAGCUCUGUACAGUAUAUCUGGAAGUCCUACAGGUAUUGAUCUUAAUCCAAUUUCUGCUGUUCCUCUUCUGUCUGCAUACUAUUUUUUGUCAUCAAAUUCUUAUAGAAAGCAAGUUAUACCUCUUGGAGCAUAUUGGGCGCAAGUAGCCCUCCGCACAAUGACAAUACUCAACAGUCAGUUAUUAGACUCGCGGAAAGCAAUAUCCAUUCUUUUUAGGAAAAAAAAAACUUGUGUAAUUUGUAAAAUAUUACUGUCUUCAUUGGUUACGAAUUUAUGAUUUAUUCUGAGACCCGAGUGUCUGUUGGCAAGCUUGAGUGGUCACUUAAAGAAUGGAAGAAUGGACUUCAACCUUCCAGUCCCCAGGAGCAUUAAUGAAUUGUAUCCCUGAGUUCCUGGAACCUCGAGCCAUUCUUUGGUGGGGAUUUUGGUGGAGCAACAGCGUCAGUUUUGAACGAGCAAAUUCAGUCUUAAAAAUCAAAGUCGCCUGUUUGCGGGCACCAAAUUCCAGUCACCAUCUGUCUCCAAAGUACGCUAUGGCUUGUGAACUUUGGCAAAUGACAAGCAUGUCCUUUCCUUAAUCUUGUAUGCUUAUUUCUGUUAUUGGUUGCUGCUGCUGCUUUCAUUUAUUUUUAAAAACUAUCAAUAUUCGCAUCAUCAAUACAGCAAUUGUAUUGUAUUUGAUCAUGUCGAAGUUAGGUGAAGUUCAAGUUCGUUGAAGCGCCUUGGCAGUCGCUAUUAUUUUGUAGUUUUAGUGUUUUUCUAGGAUUUCACUCUUGUAUGCCCUGCAAUUUUGAGCUAAUUGAAUUAUUUAAUGAA